GCGCCACAAUGAGCGAUGAAAAAUCAAAACCAACCUCAGUGCUGCAGCAUAUAGAAUCGGCGCUAUAUGUGAUCAACCAGCUGUGCAUAGGAUUCGUCACCAUUUGGGUCAGCUGGACCUGUUUGCGACAGGACCUCUCGGGCACUCGCCUGCAUGCCUGGCUGGUUACCUUCGGAUUUGUGUUCCUGAUGGCCGAGGGAAUGAUGUGCUUCUACGACGGCAGCUGACUAACCGUGCGUUACUCCCGGAAAUACAAGACUGCCUUUCACGUGGUCCUUCAGAUCCUUGGAGGCGGCAUGGGCGUGGCCGGCUGUUUGAUUCAACUGAUACGUGACGAUUGGUCAGUCAGCGUCACGUUACAUGCUCGCCUGGGCUUCGCCGCCUUCGUCCUGUGCCUGGUCUCUUUGCUGAGCGGACUUGUCGCCUUCCUGGCGAGGUGUCUGAGCAGGACCAUCUCACCCUUGGUCAACAAGACCUUCCAUGUGGUCCUCAGCUUCGCCGCCUUCGUGAUCGCCAUGAUGGCGCAGUUUUACGGAUACACGAAGACUGGAAUUUUCAGGGGACAAGGACAGGAUUUCGUUGUCCUCAUGCAGGUCGUCACUAUGGUCCUAAUGGUCCUAACCAGCAUUGGCGCCAUUAAGUCGCUCUACCAGAAGAUUGGUAGCCUGGCCAGUUAGGAACGCCUGCCGUUUAUCCCUAAUUCUGUAUAUAGUGCACUUAAGCUAAGCUAGACUAUUUGCUAUUUAUAUAUUAAAUGAAUGUUAUCAUAAGGAUAAAUCAAAUGACUAAGAGAGAAAUAAAAAAUGACUGCGACUUAUUUACAUUAAAA